AUGUCUUUUUCUCUUCUUUCUUCCGUUCUUUUUUCUUUCGUUUCUUUUUUUCCUUUCUUUCUUUCUUUCUUUCUUUCUUUCUUUCUUUCUUUCUUUUUUCUUUUUAUUUCCUUUGUUUUUUCUUUAUUUAUUUCCUUCGUUUUUCCUUCUUUCGUUUAUUACGUUCCCCUUCUUUCUUUCAUUCCUUUCUUUCCUUCUUUCUUUCUUUUCUAUUUUCCCUUCUUUAUUUCCUUUCUUUUGUCUUUCUUUAUUUCCUUUCUUUUUCCUUCUUUGUUUCUUUCCUUUUUUCCUUCUUUAGUUUCUUACGUUUCCCCUUCUUUCUUUCAUUCCUUUCUUCCCUUCUUUCUUUCCUUUCUUUUUUCUUUUUUUUCCUUCCUUUUUCCUUCUUUCUUUCCUUCCUUUUCCCUUUUUAGUUUCUUACCUUCCCCUUUCUUUCUUUCCUUUCUUUUUUCUUUUUUAGUUUCUUACCUUCCCCUUUCUUUCUUUCCUUCUUUUUUCCUCCUUUCUUUCCUUUCUUUCUUUCUUCCUUCUUUCUUUUUUAUUUAUUUUUAA